AUGCUUCGCUACAUUGAUUCCUUUCUAACAGAAGACAAGCUACUUGUCCUUCGAGGUCCUGCAGGAAGCGGUAAGACAGCUACAGUUUCAUUACUAUCAGCUGUGUUGAAUUACGACAUUCUCGAAUGGAAAAACCCUUCUUCAUCAGAGUCUGCCACCAAAGCACAUGUAUCGAUUGCUUCCCGUUUUGAUGACUUCCUGGAGCGUGGGAACGAAUUUAAAGGACUCGACCUAGAUGAGGUGACUAGCUCUCCCGGACCUGGAGAUAAUGACAAUAAUGCGGAUGCUUCGCGACGGCGCAUAAUUCUCAUAGAGGAAUUUCCAACGCUUACAGGUUCUGCGUCUGGCCUAACACUGUUCAGACUAGCUCUUCUGCGGUAUCUUGACAGAACAUCACAACAUAACAUAGAUUCUGAAACUGAUGUGCAACGAAACUCCCCGAUUGUCUUGAUCGUGUCAGAGACACUUCUUAACUCACGAUCUUUUCCUUCAGAUAGCCUAACAGUCCAUCGGUUGCUAGGACCAGUACUCUACAAUCACCCAAAAACGAGCAUCCUUGAUUUUAAUAGCAUAGCCCCGACUUUUAUGUACAAGGCUUUGCAUCUCGUGCUAGAAAAGGAGGCUCGGCUUUCCAAACGUGAGAGAUUUCCGAGCCCUGCCAUACUCCAUAAUAUCUCUACUAUCGGGGACAUUCGAAGUGCAAUCUCGUCCUUGGAAUUUCUUUGCAUGAAUUCUGGGGGGUUCAAGAAGUUCCCACCCCCUAAAACUAGGAAUUCGAAAGGAUCUAGCAUACCUCUUACGGCCUUUGAAAGGGAGACGUUGGAUUUAGUUACACAGAGAGAAGCGAGUCUUGGGCUAUUUCACGCCAUUGGCAAGGUUAUGUAUAACAAACGUGUCGAUGCCGGUUCAACUGAAGGCGCCCAAGUUGUGUUGCCCCCAGACUACUUAAGCCACCAUAAGCGGCCACAAUUAUCCCAAGUGUGUGUCAACGAACUUGUGGAUGAAGCCGGAACCGAUAAUCAAACCUUUAUUUGCGCUCUUCACGAGAAUUAUGUUCCGUCAUGCAAUGGUUUAUCAUUUACAGACUACCUGGACGGAUGCAUAGGUGCAUUAUCCGACAGCGAUAUGCUGUCUUUCGACACAAGGGGACGAAGCAAACUCGGGUUGGCUGGUGUCAGUAGAUACAACUCCGGGUCAGACUCAUUGCGCCAGGAAGACCUCAGUUAUCAGGUUGCUACUCGAGGUAUACUGUUUGCUCUUCCAAGCCCUGUGAAGAGAUCUGCAUGGCCCAAUAAUGGCUCGAACCAUACAAGAAGCGCAUAUAAAAUGCUUUUCCCGGCUUCGUUGCGAUUGCUUCGAGAUAUGGAAGAGAUACAAGAUCUCAUAGAUGUAUGGUCUACUAAACUAUUGGACCCAUCAUACUCGAGCUCCAAACCUGAGGAGGCCACUAGCAUAAGUGACAGCCGCAGUAAACCAACUGUAGCUGUUACCAUGAUGUCACGCAGUGAUCUCAUUCUUCACCAACUGCCUUAUCUGGCUCUUAUAGCUGGCGACAUGGAGCAAUCCCAAGGACUCCAUAAGCUUGUCAAACUCAGCGGGACUGAGAGUCAAAGUGAUGCUAAUGACUUUGAUUUGCUUGACAACACUUUUGAAUUACCUGCAGUCACAUCUACGGCUCCAUGGAAGGGCCCUCCUACAGGAAGCCCGUCCCAAAUCAGUCGUCGAUACCACAGCAAUGCUUUUGGGCCCCAGCUGCCGCCGUCUUUGGAAGAGGAGAGGCUGUUUUUGGCCGAUGAUGAUAUUGUAGAUGACUACUGA